UCCAGUCAAUGACUUUUCCUUCAGUGUGCUGGUUGUAACAUUUGUGAUAUUUUCAUCAUUUAGAACUGAGUUUGAAAAGGCGGCUCUCUUUCAACAAAUUAUCCCUGCUUACACCAGAUCGACCCCAAGCAUCAAUGGCUGAGUCCAUUGACCCCGAAAGUAUGAAAAAACUUGCUAAGAUUGUUAAACAUCGAAGUAAGAGACUAGUAAGGACAAGGUCACAACUUAAGGCUUUAAAUGAGUUAGACAAUUUGCCUUUGGCAGAACUCAGGACAAGACGGGAAGAGGAUACAUCAAGGGACUCGGAACUGGACGAGAUGGCCACCUCAAACGUGUACACAGAUGUUGAGAAUCUUCUAAGUCAGAAUCAAGACCACUCACAGGAAGCUCUUAACAAAUCGCUGAUGCUAGUCGCUAAGUCCGGACGGAAGCUUAAUCUUAUACAGCUGCUGAAUCGUGGCGCCGAUCCUAACACCACGGACAAAGAGAAAAAUACCCCUCUUAUGUUCUGUGCUCGUCAAGGACUUCUCGAAAUGGUCAGAAUUUUGCUGAACAAAGGUGCGAACGCUUCUAUGAGAAACGCCAGAGGAGAUACAGCUUUAAUAUUGGCCAUAAGGAUGUCCGGCUCAGCAGACAUGGCUCGCUUGUUGUGCCGUCAUGACAACGUGGAUUUAAAAAACAACAGAGGGUACACAGCUCUGAGGAAAGCAGUUGAGAGCGCGGACAUUGGGGCGAUGCAGGUCUUGAUCUCCAACGGCGCUAAUGUAUCCGACGCUAAAGACGGGGAGACUAUUCGGGAUUUGGCAGACAAACUGGGUCUGCUCAAAUUCGUUUCUGUCUUUUGUGACGGAAAGGCGUCCCAGCUCCCAAGACUGUGUGCAGCUGUGAUGUACAGAGACUUCUCACUGAUGAGCACUUUAAUCGCAUUGGACGUCAGUGACAUCAAUCAAAGAGGCUCUGGUGGGAAAACUGCUCUGGAGACGCUCUUAGACUUAGUGCUAGUUGAGAAAAAAGGUUUGAGUUCCGUGGACAAAGACAUUCUCAAACUUUUGAUCGACAACGGAUCAGACGUCAACGUCAAGGUCGUGAGGAGGUCAAAACAACACAAGCGAAUGAAGAGCUGCAGCCCUUUAUUGAAAGCUGUUGAAAUCGGCGAUGUAGAUGUAGUGAAAUGGCUCUGUAGUAAAGGCGCCAAAAUCAACGAGUUUACUUCAUUUGAACAGUUGACGCCAUUAAUGAUGGCUGCGAAAGACGGCAAACCGGAAAUAGUUCGAUAUUUGCUUUCCAUCCAAGCAGACGAUAAUAUAAGAAACAGCGAAGGCACGGCCUUAGAAAUAGCAGUCAAAUGUAAGCAAUUAGAAUGUGUCACAGUUUUUCUAGAGCAGAAAGCUGAACAAGAUACAAGUGCGGCUUGCCAGAUGGCCAUUGGAUACAAAGAACUGUGCUUGUUAGAGGAACUAGAUAAAAAUUUUACAAUAGACUACAACGACACACGCCUUCUAGAGUGGGCUAUUCUCUCUGGAAGGAAAGACAUCUUACUGUUUCUUCUCUCUAAAGGAAUGGACUCCGGAGCGAGGCUAACCAAGCCAUAUUACGUAUCAUUUCACGCCAUCUCUACGUCUGUCUGCCCACUACACUUGUGUGUUAUGGAAGAGAGUAAGGACUUGAUGGAAGCGCUGCUUCAACACAAUGCUGACAUCAACAUUGUGGAUGCAAACGGCGACACUCCCCUUGUUCACGCCAGUGCAAACAGAGACUCCAGAUUUUUGGAGACGCUGUUGAAGCAUGGCGCUGACGUGAAUCUUCGGAACAGGUGGGGCGAAGCACCAAUAUCUAUCGCUGUAGAGAAUUCAAUUGUAGAAAACGUGAGGCUAUUACUAGAUGCUGGGGCUGAAUACGAUUUUUUCGAUCAAUCUCAGAAAUCGCCACUGUCAUCGGCUCUUGAAACUGGAAAUCUAGAACUAGCUUUCAUAUUCAUAGACAAGGGAGUUAAUACAGAUGUUGUCUUAAGAGAUGGAGACUCUUACUUGACUCUGUUGCUGAAAAAAUUACAGUUCGAGGAUGACUUGGAACUUGCUGAGGACAUGAUUGAGCUACUGCUCAGACAGAAUCUGGAUAUCCACAGACGAGACAGGGAUAACAGCACCGCAUUUAUUCUGGCCUGCAAGAGUGAGAUUAACUGUCCGGCCAUUAAAAAGCUCCUACUUGACCAAGGCUCUGAUGUGAACGCUAUAAAUGCGCUGAAUGACACAGCAUUAUCUGUGGCAAUGCAGAAAGAGGAUCUAGACAUGGUGAGAACUCUUCUAGAACGCCAGGCCAAGUUCCACUUAGCGCCCCAUGUCCAAGAAGCUGCCCACUUGUUUAUCGUAAGAAAUCAGAUAGACAUGUUAUAUUUAGCCUUUGGCAAAGGUAUAUACCCCCACUGCGCGUCUCGCGGACAGCUGUUUUACAAUGUUUACAAUGAAAGGUGCCGCCUCAGAAACGUCUCGCCUUUCUUGCUGGCCAUGCUGCAGCAAAAGUUUGACCUGGCCACGUUUCUCUUGGAGAUUCGUUUUCUGACCAAAUUCGACGUGACGACUUUUUUAAGCAUGGAUUUUUUCAUAGAGAAUUUUCAGAGAAGGAAGCUGGUGCAAGGGGAACUAUUCGACGGCCUUCUCUCUCUGAAAACUCUCAGCUUCGUCCAUGUAUCUGACUUACUUGGGGCUACUUCAGACAGGGAAAUCAAAGUCAAUCAACUGCCGAUACCAAACAAAAUCAAACAAGAGCUUCUGUUUGAGGAUGUUCCCAAUUACGUGAUAUAUUAAAACCAGUUUUUUUUUUAAAGUAUUGUCUAUCAUAUCUCUUUAUAUACUGAAAUCUGAGAUUUAUGUUUAAAGUAAUGACUAGCCUGAAUCACUUCAAACUUUGAGUUUAUUAUUCUCUUGCUUUUAUUCAUAUACUCUUUUUUUUUACUAUUUUAAACGAUUUUUAGUCUGUGACAACACUUUUGUAUAGAUAGUUCAUAAAAUGAGCAGGCAGAUUGUAAAACAAAGAACAUCAGGAAAGUGACGUCCAACUAGUUGCUCAGUCUAGUGCUGGAUCUAGUUGCUCAGUCUAGUGCUGGAUCUAGUUGCUCAGUCUAGUGCUGGAUCUAGUUGCUCAGUCUAGUGCUGGAUCUAGUUGCUCAGUCUAGUGCUGGAUCUAGUUGCUCAGUCUAGUGCUGGAUCUAGUUGCUCAGUCUAGUGCUGGAUCUAGUUGCUCAGUCUAGUGCUGGAUCUAGAACUAGAUGUUUAGUUGAGUACUAGAGCUAGUUUUUUUCAGCUGAGUACUACAUAUGUUAUUGUAUGUUUAUUAUAAAGAAGUCGAAUGUAGCCUUGAUUACAUACAGGCAUGAUAACAUCUUACACAAUAGAUCUAGACCUACAGUUGUACUAACAUGUCGUGCUAAUGUGUCCAGCUAUUUUAAUAAUCUUGUUUUGCAAUUACGCCUGAACUUAAAUCUCAUUUUGUUGUAACUAGUUUCCACAUUUUUAACUAACGAUGUGAAGCUCACUGAAGGCAUGUUUUAAAAUACUCAUCAUUAUGUAUGUAACUUGAUGAAAAGAGGUCAAGAAAUGAAAUUUUUACAUGUGACAAAACUAAAUUCUUUAAAUAUUUGUAUAUACUAUUUACAUUUUUUGAUCGUAUGUAGCUUGGUAAAUUUUGUGUAACCAUUUAUUUUUACAAUCCUUUGAAAUGUAAAAUCUGAGAAAUGUCCUGUAAUGAUUAUUAUUUUUUUAAAACUAGGAGAUAGAAAUUGCAAAUGAUUAGUUUAGGGAUUAAAACAUUUUCAUGGAUUUUAAUUUUGUUUUGAAUGGAAGGUCUUGCUCAGUUGUUAAGUAUCAACGUUAAGCUAUAUUACUUUGAUAACAUUCAUCUAGCCACAGGUCAAGUAAGUUAUGGGGUAUGAUCUACAUUGGAUCAUUUUUUUCUUACUUCCCAAGACUCCCGACAAUACUCCCAAUCGACCUCCCUUUAUUGGUCUCCAAAGUUUCAGCAGUGCUCUUUCUUCAGCGUUUUUUGUUUCUACAGCGUCUUUUUCUCAGCGUUUCUUUCAAGGGCUUUUCUUCCAAGGGCGUUUCUUCCUAGGGGGUUUCUUCAAACGGCGUUUCUUCAAACGGCAUUUCUUCCUACUGUACUUGACAUUUUGAAAAUUAACAUUUCCAAUCACUAGCUCAACUUCCCCUCUUUAAACGGAAGUCAAAGUAGCUCUAGACAGUUAUCCAAACCUUUAUGAUUUUUUCUUUUCAGCUUACCAACAGAAGAUAGUAUUUGGUGAAUAUAAAAUUUAUAUUUUUUUUACUUUUUUCUCAACAUAACUUUUUGUGCUAACAGUGAACGUGAGGUGGAGUGACGUUUUUCUUCUCCCGAAUGAAAUAUAAAACUUCAUUAUUUAAAACUUUGUGCAAUUUCUUGUUAGACAAAGAAGGCAUAAAGGCAAAGAUUAAAAAAUAUACAGUUUUGUCAAUAUUUUUUUAUAGAUUUUUAUAUUCGCCCCAAUUUAUUUUUUUUAAAUUUUGGAUUAUUUUUUGUCUAGAUGCAGGAUAAUAACUAAACCAUAUUUAAAAUGUAGCAUUACUAUGUAUGCUCAUGAUGUAUAAAACAGAAAUAAAG